CGCACACACACGGCGGCCAACAGCAGUGGAGGUGACGUAUUGUUUCGGUGAACGAGUGGCACAGCUCAGUGUGUUGCUGUGUGUGAAGUGUGUGGUGUGUGUGUGACACACAGAGCAGGUGACUGGACGUCCCAGCUUGGCGGGCCUGUCGUCGUUGGGACCUGCUGCACUUCUUCCCUUCUCGGCAGCUCCCAGGCGCCCCCUUGGCCCUCGAAAAGUGGUCCACCAGCUCCAGGACUUCUUUCUCUUGUGCCUUCCACUGACUCGGACCCUUCACUAUGGGAGCCUGUGUGACGGCGUUGAUCGUCAUCGCUACCAUCUUCGGUCCCAUCACCUUGGUCUUCAUCGCCGUCUCGUUCGGCACCGACAACUGGUUGGAGUUUAAUGUCGACCGCAGCAAGCUGACGAUCGACGAAAGAGGCAACUUUGAUUUCAGUCGCUACACCCACACCAGAAACAGAGGACUGUUCAGAGAGUGCUACCCCGGGAACGACACUGCAUUUCUGGACAAGUCUCAAGGAGUCGUGGAUGGCUACUGCUUUAACAUCAACUACGAACUUCCAGAGAACAGAAACGUCAGUGACGACUUCCUGUCGAGAAUACAUCUUCUUAGGCUGUUCCUGGCCUUCUACAUCAUCUCCCUCGUCUUCUUUGUAGCGGCCUACGUCUUCGGCCUCAUCCUGUGCUGCUGGCGUGUGUCCCGCUGGGCCUACAUCGCGGGUCUCUGCGCCUACAUCUCAGCUUUCAGUGUUGCGGCGGCUAUAGCCUUCUUCCACGGGGCUGAAUACCUUGAGCGCAAUAAGCUGACAGAGGCAGAGUUCUACAACGCAUGGUCGUCAACAAUCAAGGCGGCAACGCGUCGCAACUACGGGUGGUCAUAUGCACUGGGGUGGGUGGGUAUGAUCCUGGCUGCAUUGACUGCAACCUUCUACUCGCUGGCUGGCUGUUACAUCACGUCUGCACGUUAUGAGGAUCGUGAGCGCUUUGACAAAGACCCGUCCACCAGGGGGCGUGACUACCCAAUAGCUUUGGAGCCGAUGUACGCAGUGGAAGACCCGUAUGUGAUCAAACCCUACGCUGGCCCCAGCCCGUACGCCUACCCGCCAACGUACGGACACCCUCGCGCGUACACGGGCCCCUACAUCCUCGAGUCCCCCCGCUACGCCAUCGGGUAUGGCAGCGAGGGUCGUGACCUGUGGACCAUGCGAGAGAUGAGCAGCUAGAGACACCUUCAGGCUGGCAUCAGGAUCACCCAAGAUCAGAGGUUUUACUACCAAGAAGCUAUGUUUGCGAACGCGUUCUUCUGAAGCGAACUGCCUUGCCUUAUGUUUUUGGUAAAGGUUAGGACAUUUUACUGUUUAGCCAAAAGCUUUGUACUUAAAAAUAAAAAAAGGAAAUCUGACCUUAGUUCCUCGUCGAGUGCGUUACACAAGAUAUCGUGGAUGACUUGACAUAUCGUAGUUAUUAUCUUCUGUUUUUUAAUUGGCUAAUUACAAACAAUGAUGUACAGUACUCGGCGAUAUUUCGCUCCAGUUCAUGUGACAACAUCUAAGCAUCUUUUUCGUUAGGUUACCAGUCCUUCAUCCCACCCACACAUCUUUCUUUGCAAGAUUGGAUUAGACACUGUCAGAUAACUUUCGUCACCAAAACCUGCUUUACUGGUCACGUGGUCAGCCCUGGAUGAUCAGAAACUGUUUAAAAAAAACUAAAAACAAAUUUUGAUUACAAACACUUCACUGUUGGUAUUCUUACCUAUACUGAAAUGCCAGCAGGGUACAUGUAUCCUGCCACUUUGGACAUAGCGUAAGAAGGGAGAAAGAAGACUCGACAUUCUUAAAAUUCUUUAUUUUUGUUUUACACAGUAGACUCCUGUAGCAAAAUAAAUAAAUAAAAAAGAUAACGCUUGUAUUAUAUAAACAAACAUUUUGUAAACCAGCGCAGGAAAGGGAAUACUGUUAGUUUUAGUGUUUUAGUUGUUUUAGUGCAAUCCUAAAACUAAAAUUUCGCCUGCUUUAAUGUACUGUUAGUGAUUCCAACUUUACAAAAUAAAAUUGUGCACCACAUCUGGACGAGUCAAGGCCAGAUGGAGGAAAUGCUGAAGAGCUUGACCACGGUGGUAAUGACUCGCCACGCCACCUUCAGGAGCUGACCCCACACGUCUAGUUCGGCUAACAAGGGACAUUCGUUGUUUUUUGUGUUAUUUUUGGUUACAUUUAUUCUAGCACAACAUAAAGUAUAUGAAGUACCGAUACAAAAACUAGAUGUAUGGCAUGGCUUUUGAACUAGAAGUUAGAAAAUUUGCUGAAAAAAUCGCGCAAAGCACGAGAGAGCAAGUUUGGAGAACAGGACCUGUCUUCUGCAUCUCUUGCAACCUUUAAACUUGCUUUUGGCGAUCUCGGAAACAGCUUUCGCUUUGGAUGUAGGACUUUGGAGUUUACAGUGUGAAGCAGUCCUUGAAAAUCUUUGUAUGUGAGUUUGACAACAUGGUAUUACCGCUUUUUCUUUUCUUGUACGGAUAAGCAAUAAUGUGUGAAUGUAUUGGACGUUUGUUACAGUUCAGACUGUUAUUUUGCGUUUUUAUAUAUUUUAACAUGCCAUUGUAUAUGCAAAGUAAGCAUUUAUCGUUUCCUUUCCCACCAAAUUUGAAAGUUUUUCCACAUGAUAUUGUUGUACGAUACAAACCACUGGUGAUAUUGGAUGCAGUGAUACUUAGCGCACUUGGUGUAUUUUAUAGUAUGAAGAAUAGGGCAAACGAUUUGUUGGUGUUUUAAUAAUAGUAUAUUCAAAAAAAAGCAAUGAGAAGGAACUGAUGGAGGAUUUUUUUUAGGCUUUGCAAAUAAAGAAAUGGGAUAAUCUUCAGACCAAGAACAAUACAAACAAUCAUAAUGUGAUCGAAAUCUGGUCAGUGAUUAAAUAAGGUAUAAAGACAAACAAAUAAGACAGGAAGAUAAUCAAAGAACCGAAAAUUGCAGAACGAGUAUCAUGGAGUGUAGGGAAAGGUUAGGGUUGGGUUUGGCAACAAAAUCUUGUAACGUUUCUACAGCUUCAGUAUCUAUUGAUGAUCAACCUAUUUAUUGACGAACAUUGACAGUUUAUAAAUGCAUGUAUCUAUAAAUCGUCGGUGAAGGUUCUGGCAAGGGUACGACAGCUUGUGUCAGAUACAGCUGGUUACUCCAGUGUUUUAUUUUACAGCUGGCUACUCCAGCUGUCACGCAGGUAGCGAACAUUGGACGUCGGCACACAAAUGUCUCACGUUCGCCAGCGAGUGAUCUGUCCACUCGGCUUUACUUGGGUUUUUUUUCUCUUUUGAACAUUAUUACCAUGGGAUUGUUGGCACUUGCUUUCACACUUUAAGUUUCCUACUAUGAGGUACACCGCUUCAUAAUGCUUACGGUGUUACAGUGAUUACAAUUAAAAUGUAUAUAUACAACGAA